UCCCUUGUCAGUGACGUGACUGAACUUCGAUUGCUGGAGAGCCGAGGGGAACACGGCCGGACACAGAACGUCAUGUGGUACUGGAUGAACCGUAAUGGGACCGUGGGACAGCUGCUGCAUGUUCUCACCAGUCUAAACCUCUGGCGAGCCAGGGACAUCAUCCUGUCAGGGAGGCCGACUGUGAGAGCGCUGCCCCCCAGCGUGGCGCCCCCCAGGAUGGACCCGUACACCCAGAGACCGCCCACAGAGCCAUUACCAGAGCCUAGCCCUGCACCGAGCAACCGGUCAAACCCUGGGAAGAGCCAGCAUUGUAACUCGAACAAACCAGAGACAGUGACCAUCAACACGCCCCUGCCGAAACCGGUGUUGCCACGUCCGCCCACACCUCCCAGCAGCUUGCUUACAGACGUCAGCCAGUCCGGUUUCAGUAGCAAGGACAGUUUGAACAAAGUAAUGGGGAUCCUUCCACCCUCACAAUCUACAAAGGUUAGGGCCCAGGCUCCUGCUUCAUCAUGUUCAAUGUCCUCCUCUAUCAUGACCAAGCCCCUGUUCUCUUGGCCGCUCCACGAGCUCAGAGCUGGUACCUGUAACUUUGCAGACAGGCGGAAGAUAGGCGAAGGAGGGUUCGGCUGUGUGUACAGGGCAUCGAUGCGCCACACAGAGUAUGCCGUGAAGAGACUGAAGGAGGAUUCUGAUUUGGAUUGGAAGACUGUAAGAGCAAGUUUUCACACAGAACUGGAGAAGCUCUACCAGUACCGACACCCAAACAUCGUGGAUUUGGCUGGCGGCUGUGUGCAGGAUGGCGUGUAUUGCCUGGUGUACGUUUACAUGCCCAACGGAUCGCUGCAGGACCGGCUCCAGUGCCAGGAUGGCACUGCUCCACUCCCGUGGCUGAAGCGACUGGAUGUGGCUUUGGGAACUGCUCGCGCGAUACAGUUCCUGCACUCGAGCAAGCCCAGCCUCAUACAUGGUGACAUCAAGAGUUCCAACAUCCUCCUGGAUGAAAAUUUUGUUCCAAAGCUUGGGGACUUUGGGCUGGCACGGUUCAGCCGAUACUCCAAUAACUCCGGUAAAAGCUGCACCGUGGCAAAGACACAGAACCUGCGGGGAACCCUGGCAUACCUUCCUGAAGAAUACAUCAAGAGCGGGCAGCUGUCUGUGGAACUGGACACCUACAGCUUUGGAGUGGUCCUGUUGGAGAUCCUGACUGGACGCAAAGCCCUGGAGAGUGACAGAUCAGCCAGCUCCAAGUACCUGAAGGAUCUUGUCAAGGAGGAUGACGAUGAGGCUGAGGGGCAGAGCAUGCGGGCCGCUGCUCGGAUCUGCAGCCACCUGGACGGGAAGGCAGGAGUGUGCCCAGGCCGCCUGCCCCUACACCUCUGCUCUCUGGCCUGUCAGUGCCUAGAGCAUCGGAGAAAGAAGAGACCGAAAAUGACCAAGGUUUACGAACAGCUGAAGGCUCUGAGGGAUCUUGGCCAGGCCUCAGGCCCAGCUGGAGGUCCGCCUGAUCCUGCCGGCUGUCGGCUCGGUGGGGGGCCGGACCCCGUGGACACCCUGGCAGAGAGAUUGCGAAGCACCUCGCUCAGUCCCGUGGAGGACACGUACAGAUUCGGUUCGCAGUUACACCAGCCGCUGCCCCCCAGCUGCUCGCAGACCCGCCCCGGACCCUCUGUGUACCCGUCGCUAGCGGAGCAUGGACCCAGUGACUGUUGCCUGGUGCACUCCCUCUCCUCCUGCAGCAGGCUGUGCCAGCCCGUAGAGAGCGAGGAAAGCUCCAUCGAUGCUGGAGGUGGUGUCAACAGCUUUCCGUCUCGACCCAGUUUUGACAGCUUCAGCAGCAGCAGAGGUGGUGGUUCCCAGUGGGACUAUGGCACUAGAUCGUCCGUACCAGCUUACACUCCCCUGACUCUGCACAAGGACACUGGGUGCCUGGCACCAAGCGACCAACUUGGAUUAUCCCGACCAGAGGCUGUCAGAGACUCGAGGAGAUCUGCAGCCUUUUCUGUCUCGGACUCUUCUCAAGAUUCGUCAGUCCCCAGCCACCAGAUUGUUAUGAACCCAGCGAAGCAGAGAAUACUGGAGCAGUUUGCACUUUAUAACGCGGGACAGAUUGACAGCGGCGAGCUGCUGUGCUCCGCCCCUGGGCAUGCUGACUGGUUGAGUCUCGAACGGCAAGCUCCAGAGGAGAGUGAUGAGUUUGACUGAAAGAGGAUGGGUGGAGCGGGGUUGGCUUUAUCAGUAAACCCCCCCCCACAGGAUCCUGCGCCGGGGUCAAGUCGCGACGUCGCCUCUGCACCCUCCCCCACCCCAUCGCUUGACCGACGUGGUCACAGGCCCUGCCUCAGUAUCCGGUGCCAUCCCCCAUUGACAACAGGCGUCUUCGAAGACCGGGGAGGGGAGGAAACAGACCAUGCCAUGUCCUCAGGGUAUGGAGGCUGGUAAUGAAGGAGCAAGGUCAGGGCAAGGCUUCACCUUCCCCCAUCGCGUGGUCGCCCUCGCCACCCCGUCUCACGGGGAAGCUCUGAGUUCGAGGUUUCAGCCUUGCUCCAGUACGCAUCCCCAGGCCUCGCUGAUUUGCUGCUGAGUAUUUGUUACUUUUCCGGUCGUUGCCGGUGGGGACUGUUGCUGGACUGACCCACACUCGGGGGCAUAGCUAGCUCUCCCUCCGCUUGAGAGGUGAAUGGAGAGAACCUAGCAUGGGAACAGAAGAGAUAGCAGUAGGCUGUUCGGCCCCUCGACCCUGCCCCGGUGCUCAAUAAGACGGCAGCUGGUUUGGAAUUUCCACAGGGGUCCAGUCCUUCAGCUGAAGGAGACUUAAUUUGUUUGGGGUUUCCGUGAGCCAUUUUCUUUUCAGUAUUUGGGGAGUGGUUUAUUUACAAUAAACGGAUGAGUAGUU